ACACAGCAGUAAAAGAGAAAUGAAAAAAAAUACAAAUGUCAUAGAAAACAAACAAAAGGAUAGAUCAAAUGGGAAAUGUAAAAAAAGACCAAAGUACCGUCGGCUAAAGUGAAGAAAACAAAGGAAAAGAAAACAGAAAAGCGGAAGUCUGUAUUCAAAGUGUACAGAAAAACAGAGCGCAGUGCAGAGUGUAGUAGCGAAGUGUGAAAAAGAAUCAAGGAGGACCUAAACCUAAACAGCGAUACAAAGUGGAACAGCUCCAAAGAAGAAGAAGAAGGUGCCGUCCCCCGCCCAAGACGAGGCCGCGGCGUGGACCAAUCAGCGGGCGCCAACUGUGUUUACGUGUGAGUCGUGGCCGCCGCUCCGCACACCGCCCGCCGCACCGCACACCACACGCACCGCCGCCCUCACACACACACCACCACUCGCCCGCCACACACGGCCACCCCCUGGAGCCCCGAGCAGCUGAGAGCCCUCCCCGUCCGUGGCCUGAACACCCGGCGCCCGCCACCACCACAUCACACUUUUCAAGAUGAAUCCAACUGUAGUAGUAUUGGUCCUGCUCGCCACCAUAUCAGCGACAGUUGCCUUUAAGGCAGAAGACUGUGAGGUGUGCUUCACAUUCUUGACCAAGCUCUCGGAGAAGCUUACGUCUGAUGAAAGGAAGGACCCCAAAACUAUUGAAAGUAAAUUCAAGGAAGCUUGUAGUGAAGCAAAAGGUAAAGACAACCGCUUUUGUUACUACAUUGGAGGGCUGGAGGAGUCUGCCACAGGAAUACUAGGGGAGAUGUCCAAGCCACUGUCAUGGGGCAUGCCUAUGGAGAAAGUUUGUGAGAAACUGAAGAAGAAGGAUGCACAAAUCUGUGACCUGAGAUAUGAAAAACAGAUUGACCUCAACAAUGUGGAUUUGAAAAAGCUGAAGGUGCGUGACCUGAAGAAGAUCCUAAAUGACUGGGACGAGUCUUGUAAUGACUGUCUGGAGAAGGGCGACUACAUCAAGAGAAUCGAGACACUCAAACCUAAAUACAUGAGAAAUGAACUGUAACAAAUCUGAUACUAGGAGGCCAAGGGUGUGGUUAUUUAUUUUGGGUGCAUUAUUGCGUUAGCCAGUACCGACUGACCCUCACUUACCUAUUUUGUGUAUCAUUGUUUUCUUUAUAGCAUUAUAGCAAUGUCAAACAUUGCUAAAUGGUUUGUUAUCCCUGUCUUAUCCAUCCACUUAAGAGUUGUAUCUUGCCAAAAUACCAUUUGGUGAGAUACUGUUAACUACUUAUUGUUUACAAUGAACAAAAUAUCUUCUGAAAGUUAGGAAAUUUUUCCUAUGUUUCAUUUUCCAUGAGCAGUUAAGUUGUACCAGUAUAGGUAUUUUACAAAGGUAUUAGUUGUUUAUAAACCUAAUGUUUAUAAUUAAUUCUGGAAAUUAUUUUUAUCAUUCACAAGCUCAAAGUGGAAAAACAAGACAAAUUUUAUAAAUGUUAAUAAACUUUUUGUAUAAA